GAGUAUUGUUGAAUCAAGUGAUAACAAAAAGGUUCGUCAUUUAGAAAGCCAUUUGUCAGUUUCCGUUGAACCAUUGCCGAGUGAACGUUUCCCUGUGAGAGCAAAUAGUUCACAGUAAUAAUUCGAGCUGAGUGUUAGAUUAUUCAAAUUCCAAUACAAUGAAUGCAGGAUACAACUGGAUGCCAUGGUCUGCUCACCAGGGAAUUCCACCAGCAGGUGUAUACGCGGGCAAUGAUCAGGACGGUUCGCCCAUCUAUAUCGGUCGCGCAUUCCAUGAAGGGGAUCAACUUCCGGCGAAAGUAAUCCCUAGCAAGCAGGCAGCUUACGUGUCGCAUAAUGGAGUGGAGAUUUACAAAUCACACUUUGAGGUUUUGAGUGGACAGGGAUUCACUUGGGUACACAGCGGAAACGGCCACGUACCGACUGGUGCUGUAUUGUGCGGCAACACUGUCUCCGGUGAGCCUCUCUACAUUGGACGCACUCAUCACGAAGGCAGCCUUACUCCAGGAAAAAUCCACCGCAGCCAUGGCUGUCUUUAUAUACCUUUCGGAGGAGCAGAGCAAAGCUUCCUGAACUAUGAAGUCCUCGUUGGACAACAGAAAUCAACCUGGACUCAUUGCGCUGCUGGAGCACCUGUUCCACCUGGAGCUAUUCUCGCUGGACACGAUGUUGAUACAGCUCCAAUCUAUGUAGGACGUGCCUAUCAUGAGGGAGACCAACUGCCUGCCAAAGUAAUUCCAAGCAAACAGAUUGCCUACGUUUGCCACAACGGUCAAGAAAUUGCCAAGCAUGCUUUCGAAGUUUUGUGCAACGGUAGCACUAUUUGGGUUCCAUCCGGUUUUGGCAGCGUUCCUCCUAAUGCAGUUUUCGGAGGUCGGACUUCUACGGGAGAAACGCUCUACAUUGGACGCGCUCACUACAUGGGCAGUUUGACCCCAGGAAAGGUCCACCCGAGCCAUCAGACCUUGUACAUACCAUUCGGAGGCAGCGAAGUAGCUAUUAAGAACUACGAAGUAUUGAUUGAAAACUGAAAGUAUUAUUUGAAAAUGCAAUAUUCACAAUUAUGUACAGCGUAAACCAGUUUGCACGAAUAAAAUUUAAAAAUCGCAA